AUGGGUGAAGGACACCGGGAAAAUCAGUGGCUCAAAACAUCACCCCCACCCCGACGUUUGCCACCCACUCGAGAGUCCUUUGACUGUCCUUGGGAAUCCGAGCUCUACUCGUGCCUCACCCCGGAAGACCGCGCUCCAGCCUCCGCUGCCGCCCGCCGCCCCCGCAGCCAGGCCUAUGGCUGGUGCCGGGAGUUCCUGCCCGGAGCCUGGAAGGCUCUGUCCGGGGCUGAGCUCCGCGUGCACGGCGGCCUCAGCAACCUGCUCUUCCUCUGCUCCUUGCCGGACAGUGUCCAGGGCGUCUCGGACGAGCCCCGCCACGUGCUUCUGCGCCUGUAUGGAGCCGAGCUGCAGACGAGGGCCUGGGAUCCAGAGGUAGCCGGGCAGGCCCGGAGCGAGCAGGCCGGACCAGGGGCUGAAGUGGCGGAGCGGGAAAGUGUCAAGUCGGCCGUCCUGGCCGAGAGGUCCCUGGGCCCAAAGGUCUACGGGAUCUUCCCACAAGGCGGCCUGGAGCAGGUCAUCCGCAGCCGCCGCUUAGACUCCCAGGAGUUAAGUUUGCCUCACAUCUCUGUGGAAAUAGCGGAGAAAAUGGGGGUGCAUGGCAUGAAGAUGCCCUUCAGUAAAGAACCCGAAUGGCUUUUUGGAACCAUGGAGAAAUAUUUAGAUCAAGUUCUGACAAUUAAAUUCACCAGAGAAUGUCGAGUUAAAAAACUCAACCAAGUCCUCAGUUAUAACCUGCCUUUGGAAAUGGGAAGUCUAAGGUCUUUGCUGGAAUCAACUGUCUCUCCAGUGGUGUUUUGCCAUAAUGGCUGUCAAGAAGGGAACAUUGUCUUGCUGGAACGCAGGGAGAGCUGGGAAAAGCCACAGCUGAUGCUCAUCGACUGUGAAUCCAGCAGUUACAAUUACAGAGGCUGUGACAUCGGCAAACACUUCUGUGAAUGGACCUAUGGCUACACUUACGAAAAGUACCCGUUUUUCAGAGCCCAUACUGAAGUACCUUCCAAGGAACAACAGCUCCAUUUCAUUUCCAGCUACUCGGCUGCCUUCCAAAAGGGAUUCGAAAAUCCCAGCAAGGGAGGGAAGUGCAGAAUGGAGGGAGAAAUGUUGGUAGAGAUCAACAGGUUUGCCUUGGCGUCCCAUUUCUUAGGGGGACUUUGGGCAGUCAUACAAGCCGAAAUUUCCUCUCUAGAGUUUGGGUACAUGGACUACGAACUAGCCAGGCCUUCCCUUAGCCUAGACCCUCCUGUGUGGUGGAGAACUGAGCAAACUGAGGCACAGAAGAGCGACUUGUCCUAUAUGCCCCAGCUAGGCCACAACGGAUUUUCGUGUUCUUCCCAGGACGGUACACCGCGUCCCCUGGGAGCAUUUUUGCAAACUCCGUAUAACUCGAGGGUCCAGUGA